AUGGAAAAACACAUCAAUCUCCAGCUGGGCUGGCCAUCGCCCUCGCUCUUCCCCAAUACGCAGUUACUCGACGGAGCCUCUGGCGUGCUGCAAUCGGACAGGAGGACGGCCUCGGCGCUCAUAUACGGGCCCAGCGCCGGCUUCCUCCCUCUGAGGGAGAGGAUUGCCGCCUGGCUCGACGAAUUCUACCGGCCAAGUGAGAGGAUAUCGUCCGAGCGCAUAUGCGUCACCAACGGAGCCUCGGCCAACCUGGGAAACAUACUGGCCAAAUUCACGGAGCCGGGAUAUACAAGAAACGUCUGGAUGGUUGAGCCGAGCUACUUUCUCGCUUGUCCCAUCUUUACCGACAAUGGCUUCGAGGGCCGGCUUCGCGGGAUUCCCGAGGAUGACGAGGGGCUCGAUAUCGCCUUCCUCCGCACAGCCCUGGAGUCCGUCGAAGCUGAGAGCAACCACCCCGCAAAGCCGGCGGUGAAGACAUCGGCGCGGUAUCCCCACCUGUACAAGCAUGUCAUCUACGCCACCCCGACUUUUUCCAAUCCCAGCUCCAAGACCAUGUCUCUGGGCCGCAGGGAGGAGCUCGUGCGGCUUGCACGCGAUUUCGACGCCAUAGUCGUGACCGACGAUGUGUACGACGUCCUUCGCUGGCCCUCGUCCCCCUCGGACAGGUCAGAACUGCCGCCCACGCCGCCCCGGAUCGUUGACGUUGACGGGAUACUAGACGGCGGCCCCAGGCAUGACUGGGGCAAUGCAGUCAGUAACGGGUCGUUCUCCAAGAUAAUCGGUCCCGGCGUGAGGACAGGUUGGGCCGAAGGGACUCCUUCCUUUGUCCUGGGCUUAGCGAGCGUCGGUUCCACAGGCUCCGGGGGCUGCCCGACACACCUUGCAGCCACUUUUGUCGAGGACAUGCUCUCCACGGGGAAGCUCCAGGCUCACAUCCGUGACAAGCUCAUCCCCACCUACCGCUCACGAUACAAUGUCCUUCUGAGCGCGGUGGAGCGUCUCCUCGUCCCGCUGGGAUUCACCAUCUCUACGGGGACACCAUACAGGUAUCAGCAGCCUAGCACCGACGGCAUCGAUAGAAACGACGGAGGUGGAGAGAGCAGUGCGACUGACGUCGCCGGUGGCUACUUCAUCUACGUCAACAUACCGACCGACAUGCCUAUCGGCGCCGACGAGAUGGCUGCUCUAGGCCUCGAAAAGUACAAUCUCAAGUUUGCCUUUGGAGGUAUGAUGGUCGUCGAGGGUGACAGGGGAAGCACGGAGAGAGCCUCGACAGGGUUCGGCCGGGCCAUCCGUCUCACGUGGGCGUGGCAUACGGAGGAUGAGAUUGCCGAGGGCAUCGAGAGGAUUGCCACCCUGGUCAGAGAUUACAGAGGCAUAUGA